ACCAGCUCUGCUUUCGCCGCGUAGCUCGGCUGAUGCUAUCCAACAUACCACAAUGAGAGGCUUACUGUAUGCUUUAAUUUCUCUCCUCUUUUCUCUAUGCUCUGUCGCACUUGAUGCCAGCGUGGUACAUCUACUCGGCCCGCAAGGGGUCAAUCUCUGGAAACUAGAUGCUGCAAGACGAGCACGCUCCACGAACCAUCCGCACGGUCUCGUUGUGCAACAGGCAAACGACUUUUCCGAAUAUUCAGAUGCUCCCGUCGAAUUCCCUGAACGAUGGUUCACUCAGCCUUUGGAUCACUUCUCCAAUUCGUCUCACACGUUCGAACAACGUUAUUGGAUUAACACUCGUCAUUAUAAGCCCGGUUCUGAUGGGCCGGUAAUUAUCCUUGAUGGUGGCGAAACAUCUGGCAAAGAUAGGAUACCGUUCUUGGACACUGGCAUUGUCGAGAUCCUCGCCGGAGCAACGGGGGGCGUGGGAGUGGUCCUAGAACACAGAUACUAUGGAUCAUCUAUGCCUGUGGAGAACCUGACUACAGACUCUUUGCGAUGGCUUAACAAUGAUCAAGCUGCAGCGGAUUCCGCAAACUUCAUGGCGAAUGUCCAGUUCCAGGGUAUCGAUGAGGACCUCACUGCUCCGAACACUCCCUGGAUAUACUAUGGUGGCUCUUAUGCCGGUGCACGUGCGGCUCACAUGAAGAUUCUCUACCCAAAGCUUGUCUAUGGUGCUAUCGCCUCGAGUGGUGUCACUCAUGCUUCCAUCGUGAACUGGGAAUACACGGAUAUAAUCCGCCGGGCAGCAGACCCGGAAUGCUCGUCCAACCUGCAGCGUGCCGUAGAAUUCAUCGACACCAUACUGUCAGUGCCCCCUCUGCGAACUCCCCUCAAACGGUUGUUUGGCUUGGCUGAGUUGGAGCAUGAUGAUGACUUCGCGUCCGUACUUGAGAGUCCCUUAGGAUACUGGCAGGGAAAGAACUGGGACCCCAUCAUCAACAGCAAUGGGUUUGAUAUAUUCUGCGCCGCGUUGAACAAAUCGCUGCGAGGAGACGAUAUUUCAUUUGGGGAAACAACACAUGACGAGAACGCACACGUGCUCUUGCUCCCUGGAGGGCUAAGUGUACCUUUGGUGGUGUAUAACUAUGCGCAGUACGUUAAGGAGCAUUUCGUUUCGAGGUGUCCGGAGGACCUCACCGUUGAAGAAUGCUUUGGGACAUACGACGAUAUCAAGUUCCAGGGUGCUUCAUUGGAUGAAACAUGGAGAUUAUGGCUGUUCCAGGUCUGCACUGAAUGGGGCUAUUUUACAACCGCUCCGCCCUCGUAUGUCGCACGUAUCAUCUCCAACCGCAUCACGUUGGAAUAUGAGUCGAAGAUCUGCCGACAGGCGUUUGCCCCAGGGAAACAUUUCAUUGUUCCACAAAUGCCGAAUGUCACUGCUGUAAACAUUCUGGGCGACUUCUACAUCGCCGCUGAUCGGCUGGCGAUCAUCGAUGGUGAAGUUGAUCCGUGGAGGCCUGACACACCUCACAGCGAGUAUGCUCCGGACCGUCUUGACACGAUACUACGUCCCUUCAAGCUCAUCCCUGGCGGUGUGCACCAUUAUGAUGAGUAUGGUUUGCGAGAUAUCUCGGCCGAGCCACCGGAAAUCGAGCAGAUCCACCUGGAGAUGAUCGAGUUUGUCAAGGAGUGGUUGAAGGACUGGGAGCCGCCUAAGCGUUCUUGAUUCGCAUCGUUGCUUAUGUGUUUGCUUGAAUCUACGGACAGUAUGGCAAGAUCUAUGGAUGCUUUCAUGAGUAUUGGAACGUAUUGUCGUAGCUACUAUUCAGAAUGCUUCGUUUGACG